GAUUAAAAAUAUUUACCUUACCGGAACGUGUCCCUAAAAGUGAACGAAAAUUAAAGCAUAAAAUAGUAGAGUUUGUGUUUUGCAUCACUAAAAAUUGCUGCUUAGCUAAUACGUUCAAUUAUCUGAUAUCUAUGUGAUAAGUUAAAAAAAAUGUCGCCAAAAAUGUACAGCUUAUCUCAGAUGUUUACUAAAUUCCAUCCCAAGGCAAUCAGGUAUUUCUCAUCCGCUACUAAACUACAUCGGUCAGCCAGUGCAUUGUUCACAGAAGAGCAACAGCGGCAGAAAGAUAAAAUUGGACGCAUUGAGAAGAUUGAGAUCCGUUAUCUCGGCACACCAACAGACACUACUUUGGUGAUGAACCGAGGUCUUUCAACACCUUAUGACUGUGCUCGACACAUUGGCGAAAAAUAUUGUCGAUUUUCCGCCUUGGCAUUGUUGGACAACCAGACCGCAUGGGAUAUGCGACGGCCACUCGAAGAGUCAUGCACUCUGCAAUUGUUGAACUUCACAUCCCCCGAGCCACACAUAGCAAAUAAAGCCUUCUGGCGAUCAUGUUCGUUUCUUUUAGGUGCGGUGUUGCAUCAUAGUUUAAAACACGAUGCCGGACUGUUACUGCAUAGCUUUCCAAAACCGAUGAUAAGAACUGGAAGUUUUGUUUACGAUAUAGGUCUUUCAAAAACUGAUUGGAAACCAUCGCUACAGGAACUGCGAGCACUUUCGAUGUCCAUGAUUAAACUUUCACAACAGGACCUUCCUAUCGAACGCUUGGAUAUUACCAGUGAAAUCGCUUUGGAAAUGUUCCGUGAGAAUCUGUAUAAACAAGAACAAAUACCAAACAUCGCUGCCCAGAACAAUGGCUAUAUAACCGUUUACCGAGUUGGAGAUCAUGUGGAUAUCAGUAAAGGUCCAAUGAUCAGUUCUACCGGGCUGCUGGGAAAGUGUACGAUAGCUGUCGUACAUGGAGUGCCACGCUCAGAAUCGGAUAAACUUUCGCUUUAUCGCGUGCAGGGCGUUGCCUUGCCAGUUGGUCUGAAUCUAAAUCACUUUGCAUACGGAAUCCUGGAGGAUCGAGCCAAGAAAAUGAAUCCAGCAAGACUUCCAAAUGAACCCUACGAGGAAAGUUUAAUGGAACAUGUGGCGUGAAGCGUCAACAUUGUAUAGAUAAAUCAUAAAUAAAGUAUGCUUGAAAAGAU